ACGUCGUUGCUCGGAAACAGUUUUGCGCGCUGCCGCUUGUGUGUCUGUGAGUGUGUGUGUGUGAAGGCGUACAUGUAGCAGUGCAGUUAAACGGAUUAUUAUAGGUAGUUGGACUGUGUUAAACAUCAUGCCUGCUAACGGUUUAGCCCCUGCUUUGGCCAGGCCGCCAUUCACCAUCAAUAUUUACUGAGCUGAAGGAUGAAGAGCAGAAAACAGCGGUCCGCCAAAGCUGGAAGCAGCAAAAGUAAAGCCCCCAACGAUGUGUCCCCCUCCACCAGCCUUCCUCCUCUGGUCGAGGGCCAGCUAAGAUGUUUCCUGCGGGUGACAGUAAGCCGUGUAUUAUGGACAGUUCACAAACCUCCGUCUGCAACAUUCAUCAGGCUGCGUUGGUGGGGAGAGUCAUCCAACGGGACACAUUUCUUCCCGAGGGAUGGAUCACAGCUGUCCCAGACGACCAUCAAGACCACAGCCCGCUUCCCCAUUCGCUGUGGGCCAAAACAGUUCACCUCAUAUCUUACAGAUAUGGGCUCUCUGGUGCUGGAAGUUCUGACAAAACCUGAUCAUUUGCCGAUUGCACGGGCUGAGGUUGUGGGCAUCUCUCGCGUCUCUAUGUCAAAUCCCAUUAGUGGAUUUUACACCCUUGUAUCUCCAACAUCUGAGAAGCUGGGAGAGUUACAGGUUUCCCUUUACUUGGAGGCUCUGACAGAAGCCUAUGACAGCAGCAGCUCAGGUCCUACCACAGAUAUUAUCAUUAAGGGACCACUGAGGGGGACACUGACUGUCCCCUCACAGCCCAGAUCGCUUUCAGUUGGCAGUGGGAAGGAAUCAACUGGGGGCAGCAGUGGAAACACUCCAAGAGGGAAAGACCAUUUGUAUUUCCAAAAUGUCCAGAAUGGCAAAGAUGAGUCACUGGAGAAUCAGAUGCCAAGAACAAAUUCUCAUAACAGUCAAACAGCUCAAAAUCCUUCAAGCCAGGAUUCUUGUGGCCAAACCACCAAUGAUAUCCUCUCAGUUAUUCUAGAGCGUGGAAACAAGCUGAGAAAUGCUAUGGUGGUGUCAGCUUUGAAAUGUGACAUGGAUUCUGCCCCAGCACUGAAAGACAGCCCUCUGCCUCUCUCAAAGGAUAACAUCCUCCCACCCACCAAGCCCUCCACUUCUCCCUCUGGGAUGUUUCUUCAAAAUAUUCUUCAUGCUGAUUCAGCUCUUGAGCACUCUGAUGGUGUUGCUGUGAAAUCAGAGCGUGACUUAGACUGUCCUGUUGACAUGGAUAACAGAGCUGUGGACCUGCUCCUGGGCAGUUUAGACACAUCCCCUCUGCCUCUCCUGGAUGGAGAGGACUCUUUCCCUGAUUCUUUGUCUGGCCAUAGCAGUGUUUGUGGGGAUAGUGAACUUAAUGAUCCACAGUAUGAUCAGAGCUUACUGGAAAACUUGUUCUACAAAACUCCUAUGUCAGAUGUCAGACCCAAUGACACUGAUGGGAAGGUUCAAGGAUUAUCAUCCUCAAGUGAAAAACAGCUGACACAGUCUGAACCCAAGAUUAGUGGAGGUCCGAAUUCAGAGCUUCAGCGAUCUGCAGAUGCUGUUGGUAUUCCUCCUGGCCUGAGUGCAGAGCAGCUGACUUUACUGAGUUUGAUCCGACUGGCGAGAGUGAGUGUCGAGUCCCUGACCGUACCUACAGUCAGUACAACCACCACACCAAGAAAGACCUCAAGUAAAGGGAAACCUCCUCGACUAUUAACCAACAAGAAGCGCACGUAUUUUGUCGAGUACAUGUUCCCAGUGGCUUCUGCUUCCAGUCGACGUGAUCAUACUAAGGGUGGAGAUGGGGAGGUGACCAGAGCUGUUGCUAGUAAAGUCACAAGAGGAGUGGUGAAGUUCCACCAGUGUUCUGUGUUUCCUGUCCACCUCAGUACAGCAGCGGUUAAACAAUGGUGGGAAACUGAUCUGAAUUUCAAGAUUUACUCACGAACAAGUGACCAAAAGAAACCUGUUCCCAUCGGUAAGGCAAUUCACCCACUGCGCCAUCUGCUGGAGAGCAAGCAGCUGAGUCAGUCUGUUGUCUUACCUGUACAGAGUGUGGAAGGAAACAGUGAAGCUCAGGAGGUCGGACCUCUCAAGGUGUCACUAGAACUUGCUACAGAUAAUAAAGCUUUCUCCUCUGAAAAAAGUCAAACCAAACUGACUUGUAGUGACCCAUCGCCCUCACAAACAGCACCCAGUCCACAGAGAGGGACCAGCUGCAAAACCCAACCUGUUGACACUGGCAGGGAGGAGCUACCAGCUCGCUCUGUUGAGGAUUCCAGGCUGAAUGUUUGGAGUCCUCAGAGACCCCCAAAAGAACCCAUUUCUCAUUCUGGCCACCACAUGUCUCCUCAUCAAUCAAGGCAGCAGGUAGAGGAGUACCCUGAGGUCCUGCUGCACACUUUGCUAAUGGUGCCAGAUGGAAAGAACUUCAACUGUGGACCCAUGCAGGCUCCGAACCUGUACUUGAACUGUAAACUCUUUUGGUGCGAUGAGAUGGCAAGAUCUGUCAUUAGCUGGGGUCAAGCCAAUCCUUCUUUCAACUUUGUUCAGGUCACUCCUGUUGCCUUAACAGCUAAGCUGUUGGAGCGGAUGAGGAAUAAUGUGAUGGUAAUCGAGGUGUGGCAGAAGACAGGAAGUUCAGGGCAGGAUCGACUCCUUGGCCUUGUUAAAUUACCUCUUCAUCAGUUCUACAUGUCAUUUAGGGAUCCAAAAAUUGCCCACCUUCUUCUCCAGGCGCAGUACCCUGUUUUAGGGGUGGACUGCUACAUGCCAGUCAUUGAUGUGUUCUCAGGUAGUUGCAAAGGAAACCUCAGGGUUGUUUUGGCCAUGGGCCGGUCGGAGCAGAUAAUUUCCUUGCAGCACAUGAGGGACGAAGAUUACGACACUUCAUCUCAUCUCGUGAGACCAGUUCAUCUGCUUGAUCACCAGCCACAUUCACAAACAAAGGCAAUUUCAGCACAAAAGGAAAUAAUGAGAGAGCAUCUCUUUGUGAUAAGGGUGGAGAAGGUAAAUGGGCUGACCCCUCUGCAGUCCACAGUGUGGGGUGAAGCUGACUGCUUCGUCCAGUACAGUUUCCCCAGUCAGACGGGUGACUCGGCUGCAAAAGUUGACCAAAAUCUCAUAGAGAGCAGCGUGAACCUGAAGCUGUUUCGAACCACUACAACUCUGUGUGUCCCUGACCCAGUGUUUGGCCACACUGAGACUCAUGUGCUUCUGGCUCCUGAAGGAGUGCCUGUUCAGAGGCUGCUACUAGGCUCUCUUUCAAGUCAAGGCCUAAGCAGUGGAGGGGGUGUCCAGUUUGAAGUGUGGUGCAGAUAUUAUUAUCCAAACGUUCGAGACCAGCUUGUGGCCAAAGGAAUGUUGCCGUUGUCCAAACUGUGUGCCAUGGUCACCAUGCAAAGACAGCAUCCUAACGAGGCUCAAAUGUUCUCCCUGCCCCUGAUUCCCAGAGCAGACAGUCCCACGGGACAUCAGCCUCAGCCCUCAGGCCUGCUGGAUGUGUGUAUUCGUUACAAGCACCGACCGGUGAGGCCCGAGGGGCAGACUAGUAAAGGAGCUGCCUCUCGUCUCGUGACACUCGUGGUUCAAGUGCACAGAGCUUCAGGUCUGCAGGCCGCUGCAAGGGUUGUAUCUGAAAAAGAAGAAAGAUUCAGCUACUUUGCCAGUGUAGGAGUGAACGCAUACAUCACAGUCCAGCUCUCCUUCCUUCCUGAGACUGAGAGGAGGUGCACCCGCAUCGCUGCCAGGACCUUCUGCCCAGAGUUCGACCAUCACAUGGAGGUGUCCUGUGAUCUGCUGGCUCAGAGGAGUAGCGGAGAAACCUGCAGCCUGGCUGAGCAACUACAGGAGGCGUUUGCUGUCUUCACCAUCUGGAACAGAGAAAGUCGCAAAGCACUGCUCACUCAUAAGCCAAAAGAUGUGAUGUUGGGCACAGUGAAAAUACCUCUAGCUGAUCUCAUCCAUAAAAGAACAGGUAUUUCUGGCUGGUUUGGAGUGUAUAUACCUCAGGAAACAAGUUCUCCUCAGCGCCAGCACGUCUUGGUUGGAGGCCUCGAGAUCUCCAUCAACUUCGCCCAUCACUCAGACAGGGAAAGAGUCGUUAAAGCUGCUCAGGGUGUAGGCUUGGAAGUGACCCAGAAUGAACUGCAAGAUCAUGAAGACUCGUGGGGAGACAGCAUGAGAAAAAUGUCUUUGACUUUUUCUAUGCCAAGAGUGUGGAUACCUGUUCACUGCUUGCUUCUACCAGGCCACAGUGAGCUUCAGCGCUCCACCUACUGCUACUUCAGGUACAGGUUCUACGACCAGGAGGCCUUCUGCUCCCAGUUGAAGCACCCCUCUUUAGAGGAGGGUCGGGAGGAAGGCCAGGCCACGGUGGCUUUCCAGGGAAGUAGAACUGUGGAACUGAGGAGCACUCAGCCCUUGAUGUGGUAUCUGCGAGAGGAGAGGCUGGAGGUUCAGGUUUGGGUUGCCUUUAAAAAAGUCAAAACUCAAAGGCCCUGUGACACAGACCGACUGGUGGGUUCGGCCUUUGUCGAUCUGUCCUCUUUUGCAAAGACAUCCAGGCAGAAACUUUCUGUCAGUGGAGUGUAUCCACUGUUCAGACGCUCAGCAGCAGAUCUACAAGGGGCUGCUCUCAGGGUGCACAUCACCCUGACAACAGGUUUCACCCCUGUGGAGGACCCUACUGGAGCUGAUGCCUUGGUGGACUCAGACAGCCAAGGGGAGCUCUUAUCAGAAGAGGUGGAAGCAGCAGAUCGAGCCCCUUCACCCACUACAUCCAAAAACUCACAUAGGAGACACAAAAACAAAUCCUCCAGAACAACUCCAGACAUCACAUCUGUGCAGCACACAGACAUGAGCCUCGAUGAGUCUUUCCCUGUGAUUGUUGCAGUGGACCGGGCAAUGCACCUCAAUCUGAAAGGCUGUCCUCUAGCAGAGCGCAAUGAAGGGUCACCGUGUUGCUGCGUUUCGUACGUCACUGCCAACUCUCCUGAACCAGCGUCCACGGCUGUCGUAGCCAACACUGACUGCCCCGUGUGGGACCAUCAGCACGAGUGCAGGCUUUCAAAGGAGCUACUGAUUGAUCCACAGCAAUCUCUCGUGUUCAAAGUCUGGCACAAAGGAGAAAUGGAGAGAGUGAUUGGAUUUGCCUCUGUAGACCUGUCACCUUUAAUAUGUGGCUUCCAGUCAGUGUGCGGUUGGUACAACAUCACAGAUUUCAGUGGUCAGUGUCAUGGCCAGCUCAAAGUGUCCAUCACUCCAUUAAAGGGGGUCCAAGACCUCAAAGGACAGAGAAAAACUGUGAAUGCAGAAGCUGCCAAAGACUCUUCGACGCUCCCUCUCAGCUACCACACCACAGCGACAUACAGCAGCUUCCCCUCUCACAUCAGCCGAUACCCCGAGCAGAAUAUCUCAUCACCGGACCACACGGCCAGACUGUUCUCUGAAAGGGCUGGAAGCAGUGAUCGCCAUUUUGAGCACAUGGACAAAGUGCGUCUUUACCAUCAGAGCCUGCAGGAGCAAACAGCAGCUAAUUCUGUCUGUAACAGCAGUGUUGGCGACAUCAAUCCUUCUAGCUCGUUCCUGUUUUCAGCACUCAGGAAAAAACUAAGUGAGCUUGACAACAUCCAGAGAUACUUCAGUCGUAAGCUUUCGACUCCCACAUUCCCGUCCACGAGUGAGCAGGACUGUCACACCGAGCAUGAGGAACGGAGUGAAACAGACAUGUGUCAGCUUCUCCUCAAGUCCAACCAGCUAGUUGGAGAAGUCAACAACAUCAUAAGUGGUUUGAGAGGACAACACCUGGAAACGAUUCCAUCCAACGUGCUGAGCAGCACAACGACUUCCCCUGUUGGAGACAACAACCCUCAAACUAUCCACGAGAUUCCCAGUCCACGCAAAGCUUCAAACUCUUCCCAAGAAGAAGUGCUUCCUCUGCACUCAUCACUGCCAAAUGUGACUGCAGAACACACCGACUCCGAUCCCGAGGAAGAAAAGGACAGACGAAGCAACAAGGUUACUGAGUCGGAGGAUGAAAACGAAGGAGAGAGGGGUGAAGAUGAAAAUGAGACAGGUUGCACACAGGACGAAGAAGAUGAUGACGAUGAGGAGGAAGACGAAGAUUACGAGGAGGUUGUGGUGAAGCCGAGGCAUCUGAAUGAGGUGACCUCUUUGACAGACAAAACCAGUCCAUGGACCAGCAUCUUAUCAGAUCCUGACCUGGUUUCUCUGGAGAGUCUGGAGGGACCGGAGGAGCCGGAUCUGAGCCAAGACCAGGGCGAGAAUCGGCGGAUAUUAAAUCUGCAAACUCAGAACUGUAGUGAGAUACACAAAUGUGCCAGACGAGAGGAAAGUGACAGUUUUAACGGAUCAGACACUUCAGACACAGAUGAUGAGUGGACAGUACAUGCUAUUAAUGAGGUUCAACCAAAAAAACCCAGCAGCCCCGAUAAGGGUUCAGCUGAGACAGGUUCAUCACCCACCUCACAGGACGCCACAGAUACCCAUGAUGCUUCAUGCUCCCUGUUCAAUCAAGACACUCCACCGCAACCCUCUGUGCCUGUGGAGGUCCCUAAUUUCUUCCUCCCCUCUCACCAACUGGAGGCGUCUUUGAGAGCCAUACGAUUAGCUCCUACUUUCUCCCAGCUGACCAGUGACUCGGAACAAAGCUCUGCAGUUCUGCGCAGAGGUCCUCGAGAGCGUCGCGACAUGUCGCCAUCAUCCAAGAAGAAAGAAACUGAAAGAAUAGCAAAAAUAUUUGCAGCUCACUUUGAUGACAGUCAGUAAUAUGUGGUGGGUUUAUUUGCUAAGCAUCACAUUUGCACUGCUGAGUGCUUUCAGAUCAUGUAAAUUAAAUGUAACAUUUGUAUUUUUAUAAAUAAAUAUGAACUGUUUUCAAAA